AUGUGGGAAGGUGGAGAAGGCCUCACUGUUCUGGGGAAAUUUCCAACUGAGUUUGAGACAAUCCGAAAUUAUGAGAUGUUCCAUGAGGAAUUAGCUGGACAGAUAGUUUCAUUGAUUUCUGGAUAUGUGCAUAAAGGGGACUUUGAGAGUGCCUUCAGGACUUUUAGAUCCGUGGUCCAUGCCUACACUGAGAAAGUUGGGCACAACUUGGAUGUUCCAUUGCGGUCCCUGAUAAUAGAUAUGUACUGUAAGUGUGAGAGUUUGGGAGAUGCAACAUUGAUCUUUGAAGGUGGCAAAGACACGCGUGUUGCCUUGUGGACUUCAAUGAUAUCGGGUCUUCCCGCCAAUGGGAGGGGUUUGCUUGAAGAAGGACGAGGAUACUUUGAGCUAGUGAGAAAAGUUUAUGGAAUCAAACCUGGUAUUGAACACUUCGCAUGUAUGGUCGGUUUAUAUGGUCGAAGAGGACGGUUGGAUGAGAUCAAGCAGUUCAUCUACCAAAAUGGUAUCUCAAAUGUGACUUCAGUGUGGACCACAAUUUUAUCCUCCUUCCGACUUCAUAGAAACGUCGAGUUGGGGAAAUGGACAUGGGAAGAGCUACUCAGACUUUUUCCCAACGAUUCCACGCCUUAUGUUUUAUUGUCGAACAUAUGUGCUGAUGAAGGGAGAUGGACAGAGGCAGCUAACAUUAGCAGCCAAAUACGAAAGAGAAGGCUGAAGAAAGUCCCAGGGCAAUCAUGGAUCUAG